AUGACAGGCCAACUCGAUUUUAAUGGCUUUGGUGAUGGGAAGCCGCACUUUGUACUGGUUCCGCUGAUGGCGCAAGGCCACAUGAUCCCAAUGGUCGACCUCGGCCUGCUGCUCGCCGAUCGUGGAGUCACGGUCAGCCUCAUCACCACGCCCUUCAAUGCGUCGCGGAUCAUAACCACCAUCGACCAAGCUCGGGAGGCCGGCCUUCCGAUCCGAUUCGUCGAGCUUCCGUUCCCCUUUGCGGAGGUUGGCUUGCCUGAGGGGCUCGAGAACAUCGACGCUGCGACAAGCAUGGAGCCCAUGUCAGCCUUCUUCAGAGCGACCAGUCUCCUUCGGCGGCCACUGGAGCAGUAUCUCCGAGAGCAGUCGCCCUAUCCGAGCUGCAUCAUAUCUGACCUCUGCCACCCAUGGACGCUGGAGGUCGCCCGUAAUCUCCAAGUUCCGCGCCUCACCUUCUUCAGCAUCUGCUGCUUCACCCUGCUUUGCAUCCACAACAUCUGGUACUACAAGGUUUACGACGAUAUGCCCGACGAGCACGAGUCAUUCGUGGUGCCGGGCUUGGCAGAGAGGAUCGAGGUGACCAAGGCCCAAGCGCCGGGGUUCUUCGACAUGCCUGGCUGGGAAAAGAUGGCGGAAGAGGUUCGCGAGGCCGAGUUCGCAGCAGACGGCAUAGUGGUGAACAGCUUCCGCGAUCUGGAGCCGAUCUAUAUCGAGAGCUACCAAAAGGCCAUGCAGAAGAAGGUGUGGACCGUAGGACCAUUCUCUCUCCGCAACAAAUCUGUCGCCGCCAUGGCUGCCAGGGGGAACAGAGCCUCCAUUGACACCGAACAAUGCCUGAGCUGGCUUGACUCGAAGAAGCCGAUGUCGGUGGUUUACGUCAGUUUCGGCAGCCUCACGAAGAUGAACUCAUCCCAGCUGAUGGAGAUCAGCCUGGGACUGGAGGCAUCGAACCACCCGUUCGUUCUGGUGAUCAAGAAGAGCGAGACGAGUGAGAAGGUGGAGGAGUGGAUGGCGGCAGGAUUCGAGGAGAGGAUCGGCUCGAGGGCUCUGGUGAUCAGAGGGUGGUCACCGCAGGUGAUGAUCUUAUCGCACCCAUCGGUCGGGGGGUUCAUGACGCACUGCGGCUGGAACUCGACGCUGGAGAGCAUCACGGCGGGCGUGCCGAUGAUUACGUGGCCGCACUUCGCCGACCAGUUCCUCAACGAGAGGAUGGUCGUCGACGUCCUCAGGAUCGGGGUGUCGCUUGGGGUCAAGGAACCGACGUACUGGGGAACGGAGGCCGGCCACUCGGCCGUGUCCAGGGAUGACGUCGAGAGGGCCGUGAGGAGUCUGAUGGAUGAGGGCGAGGAAGGCAGGGAGAGGAGGCUGAGGGCGAAGGAGCUCGGGGAGAAGGCUAACGAGGCAAUGGAAGAAGGGGGUUCAUCUCGUGCCAAUAUGACACAUUUGAUCGAACACUACACGCGCCACGCCAUGGAAAGCAUGGAAUCAAACGGAGAUUAG